UUCUCCGCCUUCAGACCGUGGGGCGAGUGCGCUAUUCUGCCGCCGCCGCUGAUCUCUCUUCUUCCUCUCUCUUCUAACUUCGUUUCCACAACCUUCACUAUCUCGCUCCUGAGCUUUCGUCUUCUAGAUGUGCCCUCCAAAAAGCGUCGAAUCCGCGGGCUAACCAUCUUUGAACUCUUCAGACAUAAUUCAAAGCCCCGCUUGAACAGGUUCCUGAACUCGCUUCUACCGUUGUAA